GGGGUAGUUGAUAACGUAUCGGCGCUCUUUCUACCACCUACGAAGACGCGACGAAGCUGGGUAGGUUAAUGCCGAAUCAUAUGAUAGGUAAAAUGAUGAACUAGAUGUGAUCGUGGUACUCCGAUGGCUUUCGGCACUUAGUUGCGUUUGUAGUGGCAUUUGGAGGCGCUUAUCAGAAAGCACGUGGAUGCUCUUUCAGUAGACAUGUGCUGACGCCUACGAGAUGAACAUCCUUGCUAGCCUUUUAAUCCUGAUCGGAUUUUUCUUCUGCAAAGUUUGCUGUGACAACUGGCAGGAAUGGUGGACGUACGAUGGGAUAUCUGGUCCCGGCUAUUGGGGGUUAAUGAAUCCACAAUGGAACAUGUGUUCACGUGGCCAACGGCAAUCUCCAAUUAAUGUCGAACCUGACAAACUCUUGUUCGAUCCAACGUUAAGGCCACUGCACAUAGAUAAGCACCAGAUUUCUGGCACUUUAUACAACACGGGGCAAUCGUUGGUCUUUCGAGUGGAUAAAGAUACGAAGCAACACGUGAAUAUUUCGGGAGGUCCUUUAGCGUAUCGAUAUCAGUUCGACGAAAUCUACGUACACUACGGAACCGAAAACAGGCAUGGUUCUGAGCAUCAUAUUCACGGAUACUCAUUUCCUGGAGAGAUCCAAAUGUACGGUUUUAACAGGGACUUAUACCACAAUAUGUCAGAAGCGCAACACAAAACACAGGGUAUAGUGGCUAUUUCGCUUAUGGUCCAGGUUGGGGAUAUUUCCAGUGACGAAAUAAGGCUUAUAACUAGUAAUUUUAAUAAAGUAAAGUACAAAGGAGAGUCAGCGCCAAUAGAGCACAUUUCAAUUAGAAGCCUUCUUCCAGCUACAGAACAGUUCAUGACCUACGAUGGUUCAACAACGCAUCCAGGCUGUUGGGAAACGACAGUAUGGAUAAUUAUAAAUAAGCCAAUUUAUAUGACAAAACAACAGUUCUACGCGCUCAGGAAGCUGAUGCAGGGCUCGAAGGAGGCCCCCAAGGCACCCCUGGGGAACAAUGCUAGGCCUGUACAACCCCUCCAUUACCGGACCGUCCGGACAAACAUCAAUUUCCAGAAUAAUCAAAACGUAAAUGUCACAUAUUUGCUUAAUAGUUCCUUCUCCGUAUUGACUUGAAUUUAUACCAAAAAAUAGAUUUGUCAAAUAGUAGUUUGUUGAUAAAUUAACUGUUUCUUAUUUCAUUUUUCUUCUUUUUAUUAGUAGCCUUGCAUGUUUGUACAUAUUGUAGUUUGCUUUUAAUGUGUUGAAGUAGUAGCUUUGAGCAUAUAAAUAAUACAUUAUCAUAAUUCC